AAACGAACGGUAUGAACAUCGUGAACUUUAAUCGCAGUCCAAUCGACUAACUAUAUAAUGACCAAACCGUGAUAAACAAUAUUCAGUAUUGUACAAAUUAAUGCCAGAUAAACGUAAACUUCAUGGUAUCCGUUCGUCGCGACCAGUGAAAUGGAAGUUGUUUUGCAUGAAAGUUCGAAUGUCAGUGAUUCUGUGGAGGGUGAAGAAUCGCGCGAGGUUGGCUGGGCGGUACAGGGAGUGCAAAUGAAUACUGAAGAUGAAAAAGUGCACUUCAACAAUGGCAACGUGUCGGCCAGAACUUACCCUCCAGGAAAAACAAUCGAUAUCCAGUUUGAAAACAUCACUUAUACAGCAAACGAGGGCACGAUCUUCAAGAAAGGGAGUAAAAAAGAGAUUUUGCACAGAAUCAAUGGAAGGUUUCCACCGAAACAACUAAUUGCUAUCAUGGGGCCUUCUGGUGCUGGGAAGAGCACCUUGCUGGAUGUUUUGAGUGGCUACAGAAUUCGUGGUAUAGGAGGAUCGGUGUACACUAAUGGAAGGAUCAGGAACUUGAAGGAAUUCAGAAAAUGGUCAUGUUACAUCACACAAGACGAUCGGUUGCAGCCUCUAUUAACAGUUGGCGAGAAUAUGCAAAUCGCUGCUGAUCUCAAGUUGCCAACAAACGUUUCCAGAAAACGGAAAGACGAGUCAAUCAAAAACAUUUUAAUCGCAUUAGGAUUGGAUUCAUCGGUAAACACCAAAACAUCAGGACUUUCGGGAGGACAGAAAAAGAGAUUGUCAAUUGCUUUGGAGUUGAUUUGUAAUCCAAUGGUUAUGUUUUUGGAUGAACCUACGACGUAAGUGAAUGAAUAAAUUACCAUUCGUGAUAUUGCCGGAAAUAAUAUAUCAGUAGAAAACUCGUAAAAAAUAGGAUUGCCUUCUUUUAUGACAGUUCUCAAACUUUAUCAUCAAUACUCGUAGAUACAUAUGAUAAAUAAUAGUAAAUACAUGUAAUACAUAUGUAACUGAUCUUUGUCUAAUUGUCUUUACUAAUUGUCUAAUUGUUUUGUUUGGCUAAUCAGAAUCUGCUGGCAAACUGAGCUUGUGCCCCAAAGUAAAGUUCCACACAUCAAAUGACAGUUAACCACGCCAUAGUAAACAGUUUUCAAUACUUCAUCUGAUAAUAUUUCUCCGAGAUUUCUUAAUCAAAAUGACUAAGAUAUUUUUCAGCAGUUCCUGAGUAUGUUCUCUCCAAUUCACAUCAGAAUCUCAAUGAAAACCUCAGUAUCUUAACUGUAAAUGUACGAUAUAUGAUACUAUGAAAAUUAUUGGGUUUCAGCAUUCAGAUAUAUGUGCUGUGAUAUGAAAUCUAUAGCAAAACAUAAUGACAGAAUUGAGUAGAUGAGAGUAUCAGAAAACUAACAUGACUUCUGAAUUACAAUUCUUGACGGAAAAAUAAUUGUUUUGAAAUAAAUAUACAAAUAUAUUCCAAGAACGUACAUUGAUGUCAUACACGUGACAUUUGGCCAAGGUUUUGUAAUGCGCCUUGUAAAUUUUUAGUCAUGAACAAAGAAUUAAAAAACACAUGUAUUCAAUCUCAUGGUAACAUAAUUCUGCAAUAAUUCUUCAUUCCUCUUUUUGGAACGUCACACGGGUUUUAGUGGCACAAGACUGAGUGUACUCAGUGGCAAAGCCACUACUCGUACUUCUAGGAGAUCAAAUUUCUUGAUGUCAGCUGGAGUUUUGGGUUGCCUUGUUACUGACUCCUUGCGUCACAUUAUUUGAAUUAUCAAUACUUUCGUAGUUUAUUUAAUAUAUGAUAAAGAAAAUAACUUUUAUCUGAUUUCUACUAAGUUUUUUAUUUGUUAUGACCGGUUUCGAUUUGUUUAAGCAUUUUCAAGUAAAUUGUUGCAUUCUGAUAAAUAAGUACUCAAAUAUACAAUUUUUACAGUCAAUGUUCUUUUGGUACCUGUAAUAACAAAUGUUAUCUGAUAUAUCAAUACCUGUACUGAAACAAUAACUAUUUAACUUUUAUAACAUAUCAACAAAACUACGAUUCAUGUAAAUAUAUUCAUCACGAAUGUCUACAAAAUAAAUAGGUCAUCAAUCGAA